GGCAACAAAGUGAGCAAAAGAGCUGUGUGCAAUAAUAGAUACAAAGAUCUAUGGUCAUCUGAUUUGUGACAAGAGUAAUACUGCAAUACAGUGGGACAAAGGGAAGAAAUGUCUUUUGUCAAAGGAACCCCAAAGAAAGAAAUGAUUGCCCAGUUUCACUGUUCAGCAGCGGAAGGAGAUAUAGCCAAGUUAACAGGAAUACUCAGUCAUUCGCCAUCUCUUCUCAAUGAAACAUCUGAAAAUGGCUGGACUGCUUUAAUGUAUGCUGCAAGGAAUGGGCAUCCAGAUGUUGUCCAGUUUCUGCUUGAGAAAGGGUGUGACAGAUCAGUUGUCAAUAAAUCAAGGCAGACUGCACUGGAUAUUGCUGUGUUCUGGGGUUAUAAGCAUAUAGCUAACUUACUUGCUAUAGCUAAAGGUGGGAAGAAGCCUUGGUUCCUAACCAAUGAAGUGGAAGAAUGUGAAAAUUAUUUUAGCAGGACACUACUGGACCGGAAAAGUGAAAAAAGAAAUAAUUCUGACUGGCUACUAGCUAAAGAAAGCCAUCCAGCCACAGUUUAUAUCCUUUUUUCAGAUUUAAAUCCCUUGGUUACUCUAGGUGGCAAUAAAGAAAGUUCUGAACAACCAGAAGUCAGGCUUUGUCAGCUGAGCUAUGCAGAUAUAAAGGACUAUUUGGCUCAACCUGAGAAGAUCACCUUGAUUUUCCUUGGAGUAGAACUUGAGAUGAAAAAACAGUUACUUAAUUAUGCUGAGGAAGUCCCAAGAGAGGAGGAAGAUGGAUUAGUUGCCUGGUUUGCGCUAGGUAUAGAUCCUACUGCUGCUGAAGAAUUUAAACAAAGACAUGAAAAUUGUUAUUUUCUUCACCCUCCAAUGCCAGCUCUUCUGCAAUUGAAAGAAAAAGAAGCUGGGGUUGUAGCUCAAGCGAGAUCUGUCCUUGCCUGGCACAGUCGAUACAAGUUCUGCCCAACCUGUGGAAGUGCAACUAAAAUUGAAGAAGGUGGCUAUAAGAGAGUAUGCUUAAAAGAAGGCUGUCCUAGUCUCCGUGGUGUUCAUAAUACGUCUUAUCCGAGAGUUGAUCCAGUAGUAAUCAUGCAAGUUAUUCAUCCAGAUGGGACCAAAUGCCUUUUAGGCAGGCAGAAAAGAUUUCCCCCAGGCAUGUUUACUUGCCUUGCUGGAUUUAUUGAACCUGGGGAGACAAUAGAAGAUGCUGUUCGGAGAGAGGUGGAAGAGGAAAGUGGAGUCAAAGUUGGCCAUGUUCAGUAUGUCUCUUGUCAGCCAUGGCCAAUGCCCUCCUCCUUAAUGAUUGGUUGCUUAGCUGUGGCAGUGUCUACAGAAAUUAAAGUUGACAAGAAUGAAAUAGAGGAUGCCCGCUGGUUCACUAGAGAACAGGUUGUGGAUGUUCUGACCAAAGGGAAGCAGCAGGCAUUCUUUGUGCCGCCAAGCCGAGCUAUUGCACAUCAGUUAAUCAAGCACUGGAUUGGAAUGAACCCCAGUCUGUAAACCAGAAAACCGUGUUUUGAGUGUUAGCUGGUACUUAAAACCUCACAUUCAUCAAAUGAAAUUAGAAAUAAUGCUCUUCAAAGUGUCAUAACAAAAGAGAUCAUGCGGGGUUUUUCCAAACGUUUUUAAAGUGUACUUUCCAUCCUAAUGACAGAAUUCAUAAUUUUAUCAUUUUUUUUCUUUUAAAAUCAUGGUCAGGUUCUUUUAAGUCUGGGGUUAGCCUUCUCUGAACUUUUUUUUUUUUGGUUGUACUUCACAAUUUCAUCUCAUGUAUUCCUAAUAAGAGAUACCACGUAGUAAAGAAAUAACAUUCUAGAAAUAUCAAUCAAUCUAAAUUCCAGUUCCUCUUACAAGAAUUAGACUGAUCAUUGAAGUUCUUCAUUAGAGAAACAAGACAAAAUAAGUUUAAUGAAUUUUGAACUUGUAUUCAUUUCUAGUCUUUUCAUUACCAUGCAGUUCCCUUAAGUUUUUAAUGUCUGAUUUUUGCUUAUUUUCCCAUUGCAGUCCUUCUAACCCUUUCCUCCUGGAUUCCUUUGUUCUACCAAUGGUACUAUUAAUGUGUGCCCUCCGGGCAGGGGCCAGGCAUAAUAGGUCAAGCCACCGCUUGCAGCACCGAAUCCCAUAUGGGGUCCAGUUCUGGUCCUGGCUGCUCCACUUCCCAUGCAGCUCCCUGCUAAUGUGCAUGGGAAAGCAGCGGAAGAUGGCCCAAGUACAUGGUCCACUGCUUCCACAUAGGAGACCCAGAUGAAGCUCCUGGCUUCUGGCUUGGGCAUGGCCCAGCUUUGGCCAUUGCAGCCAUUUGGGGAGUGAACCAGCAGAUGGAAGAUUUCUCUCUCUCUCUCUGCCUGUAACUCUGCCUUUCAAAUAAAUAAGUCUUAAAAAAAAAAAAAAAAGUAUGGCCACUAGCUUAAUAUAAUCAGUGUUUUUCUGUUUUAACAAUGAAUGCAAAAAAAAAAAAAAAAAAACAAUGAAUGCUGCUAGUACUCCCUAUCAUGCCCUCAUGGAAGGAGAGCUUGAGUGACAGCUGACCAUUGUGUCUAUUUUGUGAUGACAGCUGUAUCUGUGUUAGCAAAAAAUUGUAUCCUCUUUACCAACAACAUGAAUAAUACAACAUAUCAGUCUGGUAUUAUUUCAACACAUUCUAACAAGGCUUAAUAAAAUAUAUUUUAGGGCCGGCACCGCGGCUCACUAGACUAAUCCUCCACCUGCGGUGCCGGCACCCUGAGUUCUAGUCCCGGUUGGGGUGCCAGAUUCUGUCCCCAUUGCUCCUCUUCCAGUCCAGCUCUCUGCUGUGGCCCGGGAAGGCAGUGGAGGAUGGUCCAAGUGCUUGGGCCCUGUACCCCAUGGGAGACCAGGAGAAGCACCUGGCUCCUGGCUUCGGAUCGGCGCAGCAUGCCGGCCGUAGUGGCCAUUUGGGGGUGAACCAACGGAAGGAAUACCUUUCUCUCUGUCUCUCUCACUGUCUAACUCUGCCUGUAAAAAUAAAUAAAUAAAAUAAAAUAUAUUUUAUAAUUGAGUCAGGAAGAUUCUAAAGAAAGUGUCUGACAGUAGUUCACAAUUUUGCAGCAUGGAAACAUUUUAUAAGGCUGUUUUGAAAUUGUUUUAAAAGGUAGCUUAUAAAUGUACAAAUUUAUAUGAAUUGGCACUUUACUGUUAUGUGUUGUGACUUGAAGAGACCUUUAAAAUAAUAUAUGUAAUUUCAUGUCCUUAUUUUAUAGAUAGGAAAAGGAAAUCCAGAAAGAUGAAUUUAAUUAAUUAAUGAAAGUUACAACUAAUUAAAUACAACAAUCUGUAUUGUAUAACCUAGGGCAGGAUUCUCCGUAUGUUAUGAAAUAGAAGCUAUUACUAAAAAUAUAUUUUGAAAAAAAUUAAGGGAUGACAAGAAUAAAUUUAACUUACCAGAUAUUGUUAAUAUACUAUAUUUAAAAUUUGUUUAACUUAAAUAACUUUAAAAUUUUUAUUUUACUAAUGAAAAUGGCUUUAUUAGUAAUUAAGGAUUAUUGAUAUCAGGAAUUUAAAAAAAUUAAGACUUACACAGGAAAUUUAGAUAGGAAAUCAAAUUCAAAUUAUAGAAAUGUAUGGAAAAUUAUGUACCUUGAUUAUUACUAUGAUUUGAAGUUCAGCUAUAUUCCAAAUGUACUUUUGAUACUUGCAGGUUCUAAGAUUACAUUUUAAAAUUCUAGAUUUCCAUAAUGUUAGGAUAGAAAAGUAUAACAUAUCAACAGAUAUAGUUAUAAAUUCAGUUUUGGAUGUUUAAUCCCAUACUCAGGGAAAAUCAAUAUGUAAGUAUAUUAUUGUUUUAAUAAUUAUUCUUAAAUUUCUAACCUCUGCGAGGUGAAUAACUACAUGUAAAUAGGAAGAAUAGCCAAUUCAAAAUUGGUAGAGAGAUGUAAGUACCAUGAAUGUAUUCUAAUGGAAAUGAAUGUAACAGUGCAUUAAAACAUUUAUUGAUUUUG